AACAUCAAAGGUUUAUACCAGAAAAAGUACAAAAGGAAGAAUACCAAACUGAUGUACGCCAGACCGUGUCAAAGCACGCGUUAGAAAAACUCGAUACUUAUAUGACAAUCACAGAUUUCAAGGACCUAUUGUCAUUGGUGAAUAUUUCAACGUCAGUGAUAUCCAUGAGGAAUAACAAAUCUGAGGUCAGAAUAGGAGAUGACGUCAUUGUUGACAUUGAUUUGUACAGCGGGAGAGGAGGACGAUCAACUCGCGGAGGUGACAUGCUCAGGGUGUGGCUUCGAGAACCUUCCCGUCAUGCAUCUGUUUCCGGUUAUGUAAUUGACCAUGACAACGGGUCAUAUACAGGAGUUGUUAAAGCUAUGUGGGCUGGCAAUCCAGAGUUGAUAUUUUCUAUUGCAAAUACGAAAGAACAUAUUGGAAUAUUCAUGAAUAUUGUGCAUAAACAUGGCUUGAUCAAGUUUCUUCGAGCAAGAUUCAUGAAAGGAAACUUGACGGAGAUAACAUUAUGUAGCAUCAUCCCAAAUAUUCCGGAUGUUACAGAUUACUGCAACUUUACAACCCAGAACUUCAAUUUUUCGUUUUACUGUGGUAAACCUAAACAUAUGAAUCUGGAUUGUGAAGAUUGGGUUUUGUAUGCAGCAAGUUCUAAUUACUCAUGCAACAUGAAGAACAAAGCUCUUAUGCAGAAUAGGUAUAUCAGUAAAGAAAUAGGGACGGUGAAAGUAUUAGCUGAUUCAGGUUCCGGUACUAAAGGAGAGUCCGAUACCUCCUGCCAUGACGUCAUCAGUAAACAAACUUGGCAGACAAGUAACCCAACUGGCUACUUCUACAAGGGUAAAUGGCGGUCGUUAAUAUGCAAGCCAUCACUCACAUGGACUUAUAAAUCAUACGCCAAGUGUUUAAAGAAUCGGCCGGUACUCAUGACAGGUGACUCCACAACAAGGAACUGGUAUGUUUCUUUAACCAAGCUGUUAAAUCUAACUAUAUUCGAUGGACGUCAUGAAAUCAAGGACGCCGCUUGGCAGAAAUUUGCUGAAGCAGGAAACAAUACAAAAUCGUUAUCGUUAUAUUGGACACCACACGAAAUUCCAUUCUACGGUUCUGAAAGAAUCGAACAAAACAAAAAUAACUUCCGGUCUAUAGCUUCAAGAAUAGACAAUUUACCUGGACGAAAACGUAUCAUUCUCAUAUUACAUUGGUAUGCUCAUUUGGCGAGAACAACUCCACAACAGUAUAGAGAGCAUGUGACGAGUGCCAAACAGGCUGUAGUGCGUCUUUUAAAACGUUCUCCUCAUUCUAAAAUUCUGGUAAAGGGUCCUCACUCUUACACAUACAACUACUUUGUAGAACCAUUUGACUACAUCAGUAGAAUUUACAGUCAAAUUCUUUACGAGGAGUUCAAAGAUUUACAGGACAACGUAUAUUUUAUCGAUCAAUGGGAUGCAACUAUAGCGAAUGAAAAUUUUGACAUACAUCCGAAACCUGCAUUAGACCCGAUAAUGGUUAAUUUCGCGUUUUCAUUUAUUUGUAAACAAUGAUUCAGUGAAGAUUUGGAGAUGUCAAUUCCUGCAAAACCAACGAAACAGGUUUGAAUAGUUUCUGAAAGUGAAAUGAGCUGCUCUUCUCAAGCUGGGUUAUCUGCCUGGUUAAUAUGGGCCCAAUACUGCUCUCCAUAUUCUAGUUUGGCGAACACAUCUCUAUGACAACCAUUCUUGCUGUGUUGAUUGCGCCUCGCUUUCGAUAUGUCGUUACUCUGUAAUGCGUUUUAUUUAUGGACAGAUACAUUUUUCGGCAAACUGGACACUAGACUGUCAAAUUAAGUCAAUGAAAGUAAGAAUGGCCAUGAGUGGGCAAAAAGUUUGUAUAUGUGAGAUUUGUUAACUUUCCGAUAUUUAUUACGUGAAGGAUAAACAUCUUUAAUUUCAAUCACUAUUUUGUAUACAAUGAAACCAUAUUUUACUGGUAUAUUUUAUGAAAUAGGAAGACAAUACUAGCUUUCUAAAGGUAAUUGUGCUGUCCUGGAUGAUAACAUAUGAUGUUAUUGUCAGGAAUUAAGUGAUUUCCAAAAGGGUGUUUUUCGUACAUUUCUAGAGAAGAUCUAAAAGUAGAAUUCAAACAUUUUUUUUAAAUGAAUUGAUUUUGCUUUAUUCUAAAUGAUGCUUCAGAUGAAUAUCUUUUCAAAGCAGUACAUAUGGAGAAUGGAUGAAUUUGCAAUUUUAUAUUCACUUAUAUGACCAGACAGAGUGCACACAUUCAAGAUGACCGUCAAAUAGUUCUAACUCAGUUUUAAAAUACACUUAAUAGAGCUUACUUCUCUCAUAUCUCGCCAUGUUGGAUAGAGUUUGCCCAUGUAA